AUGCCUGUCAACCUCACCCCUUCCAACGCUGACACCCGCACCUUCAAGGUCGCCGCUGUCCAGGCCGAGCCCGCCUGGCUCGACCUUGAAGGCUCUGUAAACAAGACGAUCAAGAUCAUCAACGAGGCCGCUUCCAACGGAGCAAAGAUCAUUGGCUUCCCCGAGGUAUUCAUUCCGGGAUAUCCGUGGACUCCAUGGGCACAGAACUUUGCGGUUGCCGCCCCGGUCCUCAAGGCAUACCAGGCGAACUCGCUCCCGUUGCACUCUCCGGAGAUGCAGCGCAUCCAAGAGGCCGUCAAGGCUGCAGGUGUUGAGGUUGUACUCGGCUUCUCUGAGCGGGACGCUGGGUCCCUUUACAUUGCUCAAGUCACGAUCACUUCUGACGGGCGGAUUGCUAACCAUCGCCGUAAGAUCAAGCCAACGCAUUAUGAAAAGACUAUUUACGGAGAUGGGUCGGCUCAAAGCGUAUUCAACGUAGUCCAGACCAAGUAUGGACGUCUAGGGAGCCUCAACUGCUGGGAACAUAUUCAACCCCGUAAGACCAUACUCAAGGCGCACUUCUACAGCCAGCACCCCCAAAUCUUUGUCGGAGGCUGGUGGCCGGCAUUCGCGCCUCACGAAGGCGGCUCUCCGUACAUCGUCUCUGGUGAAGCAUCAAGUAGGAUGACCCAGAUGGUCGCCAUGGAAGGCUCGGCGUUUGGAAUUGUUGGGUGCCAAGUCGUGAGCAAGGAAGGAGCAGAAAAAAUGAAGUUGACCGGCUUCCCUUGGUUCAAGUUCCCCGGAGAUGGCUCGCAGCUUGUAGAACCUGUCGACCCUGGAGUGGAGACCAUCUUGUAUGCAGAUAUUUCUCUGGAUAAAAUCGACGAAGUGAAGCUUGUUGCCGAUAAUCAGGGUAAUUACUCUCGUCAUGACUUGUUCCAUUUGGUGGUACACAAUAAAGGAGGACACAACUGGCAUGCGUCUACAUACGAAAAUGCCAAAGAGCAAGCGGCGGUAAACACGAUCCAUGGAGAGGUUAACAACCUUGUGUCGCUUGGGCUCAAGGCCGUAGAUGGCGACGAUGAAGAAUCCGCGUAG